ACGCCGGCGCGGAGGGCUACUUGGGAAAGUGCGACGCGACAGGAACUUUUGUCGAUCAGCGUAAAGGCCGUCGAAAGAUCUGCACACUUUGUCAGUGCAAUCAACCGUAAAGAGAACAUUUCUACUCGUACCUGAGUUGCAAUCUGCGGAGUCCGUUGUUUCGUUGGGAUAUUGCAAUUUGUUGUUGGAAUUUGUGGACUUUGGGUGGCUCAGUGGCUUUGUAGUCGAUUCUUGAUCGUGGAGAGGGAUCAGGAGAGAGGGAUUGAGCUCGUCCAGCGAUUGCAGAGGAUUAUGGCGUGGUCAAAACGCAAUUGACGCGAGAACUGGAUGGGCUGAAAGGUUUCUUGAAUAAUUGGGAAAUGUCCCGCAUCCAGUAUUCUUGUCCAAGUUUUUUCUUUCGUGAUUGCUGUUGUCCACUCAGAUGACUUCAGACAUUGAGAAGAGGUUGAUAUAGGUUCAUAAUUUGAAGACAGGGAGCUUUCAGUUUCUAAGAUUACGGCAGGAGGUGGUUGUGAAGGAGUUCGGUUUGGCAUAAGGAGGUGGAACAAGCAGGAACCAAUUGCUCCUGAUUCAAAUGGAUACCGGAGUCUAAGGUGGUCUGCUAUUUUCCGUAGGCCGAAGGGAUUACACCAACAAUUUCCCAGUCUUUGAUUGCUUGAAGGUACCGGCCAUUUCCUGGGUAGGGGUGCUUGUAGUUUGUCGGGAGACAAGCAGCUCUGGGUUCCAGUGCAGGCCUGUCCAAUGCUCUUGGGGACGGCCUCUUAUCUUUGGUUGUCUCAUUUCUGAGUUUGUCAGGACUGCUUUGAUGCACACGGGCUUCCUCGGGCUCUGAAGCUCGAGCAACGGUAGAUAUCGGAUGGCGAAAGUUUGUUAAGGAAGUUAGCUACCUUGGUGUGGCCCUUUUUCAAAGUUCCGUGUAGAAACUGGCAGGGCUUGAUCGAUUUAGGGAGAAUGGUUUCUUUACUUCAUUCGAUUGGGUUUCAAGGCAGGUCCGUGGAAAAUUCCCCAGCAGUCAGCAGGAAGUCGGGCAAUUGGAUUAAUCUUAUGUCUGAUAUUGUUCCAGUCCAUUUGGAGAUUGGUUCUCGACACGUGCUCCAAAAGCAGAGGUCGUUGCCCAGGAGGAAGCUUAGAAGAAUGAAAAGCUGGAAAUAUGGCAGAAGUUCAAGUUUGUUGUUUGGAGUUCCCGGCUCUGUACACAGGGAUGUCACUUGUGGUUGUGGAGGUAGAAGUCAGUAUCUAGGGAAGAGGCUCAGUGCACGAUUUCCGUCCAGUGUAUCAACCAUCAGAAGUUCAAAAGGACAGUGGACAGGAAGAUUGGACAGGAAGCCUCAUAUUUCUGAUGGCAAUGAACUUGUCGAAAACCAGAGACAGCCUGGUUUCUUGAGGUCUAAGUCAGGAGGCUUAGCUCGCAGUUCUCGACGUCGCAUGGCUUCAUUGGCAUCUGUUGACGAAAAAGAGAGCUAUUCAAGGGUUCAGUGCUCUCACGCUUGGAAGUCAUGUCAGCGCAAUCUUAUGACAGCCGCGGCUGUUGCAGGUCUUUCCCUUUCUCUCUGUUCUUCUGCUUUAGCAAGUUCCACGAGUAACGAAUGGUCUAGCAUUCCUGGGUACACGAAAGAGGAUAUAGAGACCCAGCUUAUGUAUCAACUUCAUUCGGAAAUCAAAGCGCAGAAGGAGUGGUUGGAAGGUGUGGGUCAACCCUUGAGUCAGUGGUCGAUAGACGAUCACGUCAAGCAGAAGUUAUUCGUGGGUGGCGAAGGGAAAGCAGUCACGAAGUUGGACGAGAGUGGAAAACCUGUGACGACUCGCAGGGUAGCGAGCGUUGUCGUCCCUUUAUUUAAACCUUCAGCGUUAGUUAGCAAGGAGAGAACCAGUAUUGGGCAAGACAUCUCACGAGACAGACCGGCAGUGUCAAAGUCCAUUCCAGACGAUAGUUCCUCGGCUUCAGGACGAUCUACCAACUCGACCACAACACAUUUGCCCUCUCGAGAUGCCCCGGAGCUCGUUGCCGUGGCUUCUGUACCUGUAGGGUCGAUUGUAUCUGCCGCGAGUCGAACCGUGGCUUCUAUGCAAAGUGCUGCUGUUGCCACCGCUCUGAGCUCCUCUCCAGUUCCCGGUGUGGGUCUAAUGGCUAGAAUAAUGAUGCAUCUCAGUGGAGGAGGAAUCGCAGGAGCGAUGGGAGCCACUUUAGUCUACCCUCUGGACACCAUCAAGACCAGAAUGCAAGCUCAAAGAUCAAAGGAUGGAGAAAAGCCACAUUACAAAGAUGAAGUGGACUGUCUUCGACAAGUAAUAGCAGAAGGAGGCUUGGGGGCUCUCUAUUCUGGUCUUGUUCCACAACUUAUCGGCAUAGCUCCUGAGAAGGCUAUGAAACUUACAGUGAACGAAAUCCUUAUGGAGAUGUUAGAGAGCCAGAUGCCAGGGGUUGGUGUUGUUUUCUUAGAGUUUAUUGCUGGCGGAGGAGGAGGUUUUUCUCAGGUUGUUUUUACAAACCCUAUGGAAGCCGUAAAGGUGCGGUUGCAGACACAAGCCAAGGACUCGAGAGCGAAGAGUAUGUGGGAAGUUGUUCAGGAACUUGGAUUGCAUGGGUUGUAUAAUGGUUCUAUGGUCACAAUGGCACGUGAUAUACCAAGCACAGCAAUUUUCUUCGCUGUGUACACAUUCAUCACACAAAUGUACCCUGAGCAGAGCUUCAUGGCUGGAUGCAUUGCCGCAAUUCCUGCAACGGUAAUAGUCACUCCGAUGGACGUCAUCAAAACCAGAAUGCAGGUGGAGGCGACUGCCGGCGAGGAGGUAUACGAGAAUGCUUGGCAUUGUUUUAUGACGAUUUUACAAAAGGAAGGACCUGGAGCUCUAUUCAAAGGCAGUGGGGUACGCGUCUUAAAAACUAGUCCCCAAUUCGGGAUCACCCUAAUGCUCUACGACAUGAUUUGCCAUCGGCAGUAAACCUUAAUUUAGAGCUCAGAGUGUGUCGUCCGCUUCUUGCGAAUUUUAGAGGGAGUAGCGGAAUUAGAGAAUUUAUUCGUGAAAGGUUAUGCACCUUCAAUUUGUGUACUGUAGUUAGCAUUCCCCGAACCGGACCGUUAUUUAUAUUGCUUGUAAAGCUGUACAUAAUGUCCCUUUUUGGGACUGUAUUUAUACCUAAGGUGCUAGGAACGAGGACCAGUUCCCAGUCAUACCUCAUAUUGAGGUUCGAUUAUACUUCAAAAUCGAUCGCACCGUUUAGGCGUCGAUUUUGACCGUACAUUUUUUUUUCCUGGAAUCUGUUCAUAUUAGAGAAUUUGUAGUUUUUUAUCUGAUAUGAUCCGAGAUUGGUUCUAGUGCAACCGGAGAUCCUCGCAUUCAAGACAUGCCCAUGGAUUGAUGAAAUCUUGUAUUACAAGCUUGUAAAUUGCUGGAUAAGUGGAAUAACAUCCAUCUGUGAAUGUAAUCAAA